UUGCCCAUACAUAAAUCUGACUGCACCUGGAGUCAUAAACACAGAAGAGAAAACCCUAGUAAAUAUUCUGUGGAAAUAAAUGCUCCAGAGAAAAUAUACAAAGAAAAUGAACAUGAUAAUGAAGUCGUAGAGAGUAUGUCAAAACCAGUAAGUUUAAAAUUAAACAAGAGGAAAAGAGGACUUUUGCCUUUAAAAACAUUAACAGAUAACAACGGUAAGCUAUCCAGUGAAGUCCAAGUGCGGGUAAAGCGGUGCAGGGAGAAUAUAGAGCAGGAUUCUGAGUUACACAAAUGGAGAGUCGAGAGGGAAAAGAUUUUGAUCAAAAAAGAAGAAAUAAUAUUGGAAAAAGAGUCACAGCAAGCUGCAUUUCAAGUAGAAAAAAACAAUUUAGAAAUUAAAAUACUUAAGUUAGAAAUAUCAAUAUUGGAAAAAAGUUAA